CUGCAACAGGCGCAUCACAAGACUGAAGACUGAAGAGAGAGCAAUUGGAGCCGGUACGGAAAGAGUGUUAUCAAUCACUCUCUCGCUCGCAAGAUUCCACCACGACGCACCGCACCGCACUGCACCGCACCGCACCGCCGCGCGCCGCACCGCGAAUCUCGACGACAUCCGUUUCCUUCCCUUGGAUCCGUCCGCCACCAUCGCCCGCGGCGGAGCGCUGUUCACGCCCACACCCACGCCCACGCCACCGAUGAAUGAUUUUUCCACCGCGCGCACUCACUAGGAAUCCCGUAAGCGCACUCUCGACAAGAGCGCUGUCUCGCAUCGACAAGACAUGAGAAGUGGAUGUGCCGGCGCUUGUGUGCUCGUGUUGUUGUCAAGCGGUGUUGAAGAUCGUGAUCUUCUGCAGCUGUGAUCUGAACCUCCGCGUGCGACACUCGUCUGCUGCAUCCACAUUGUCAGCAACCCACCAACAUGGCAGCUGCCCAGAACGACCACGAGAGAGUCGACUCGGAGGUGCGAGGCAUGCAAGGAAUGCAGCUCAAGGAAGAAGAGGAGGACGACUCAGACAUGGACACCAUACCUGCACUGGCAGCGGCGGCCAAGGAGCUCUUUGGUUCUGCCAGCGGGAGUGGCACUCCUGCCAGUCUCAAGCGCCAGUCCAGGUCACCCAUCAAGACACACUGCAGCGCUGACUCCCCGGCCGUCAAGUCUGACAAUGAAGAGACCAUUGGCGGAGACGUAACACUCAAGCUGGAGCCUGGCAAGCCGCCAAAGCUCUCACGCUCCACCUCGCACAAGAUCGAAAAACGAAGUCCCCGUCUGUUUUUUGACCACGAUGACAGCACCGACGAGUCCAAGCGCACGUUCGAUGUUCUACCGCAGUGCACGUAUGCCAAUAAGUCACUGGGCACGACUGAACAUGCGCUCGAGUGCGAUUGUGCUGAGGAAUGGGAUCCAGCCACGCAAACCAACAAUGCCUGUGGGGAGGACACCGACUGCAUCAAUCGCGCCACCAAAAUGGAGUGCGUGGGUGAUUGUGGUUGCGGCGCGGGCUGUCAAAACCGACGUUUCCAGCAUAAGCAAUACGCCAACGUCUCUGUCAUCAAGACAGAAAAGAAAGGCUAUGGCCUUCGUGCGAAUACUGAACUGCAAGCUAACGACUUCAUCUUCGAGUACAUCGGCGAGGUGAUUGGCGAGAAAACCUUUCGAAAUCGCCUGCACCAGUACGACGAGGAAGGCAUCAAGCAUUUCUACUUUAUGUCACUUUCCAAGGGCGAAUUCGUAGAUGCCACGAAGAAAGGCAAUCUGGGCAGAUUUUGCAAUCACUCCUGCAACCCCAACUGCUACGUUGACAAAUGGGUGGUUGGCGACAAACUUCGCAUGGGAAUCUUUGCCGAACGCAAGAUUCACGCUGGAGAGGAACUUGUCUUCAACUACAACGUCGACCGAUAUGGUGCAGAUCCACAGCCAUGCUACUGCGACGAGCCUAAUUGUACUGGGUUCAUUGGUGGCAAGACACAGACAGAACGCGCCACGAAGCUGUCCCACACGAUCAUAGAAGCCCUCGGAAUUGACGACGCCGACGCAUGGGAUACUGCUGUCGCUAAGCGCCCUCGCAAGAAGAAGGCGAGCGAGGAUGACGAAGAAUACGUCAACAACGUCGAGCCUAGGGGUCUGGACGAAGAAGGCGUCAACAAAGUCAUGUCAUCGCUCAUGCAAUGCAAAGAAAAGUGGAUUGCCGUGAAGCUGCUCACCCGCAUACAACGAGCGACUGACGAAAAAGUCCGCCACCGAGUGGUCCGAUUUCAUGGCUACCGUAUCCUCAAAACCGCUCUAGCCAAUUUCGCCGAUGACACCAACGUGUGCAUUCAGAUCCUUGACAUCUUGGACACAAUGCCACGUCUCACGCGCAACAAGAUUCAAGAUUCGAAGAUCGAGGAAGCCAUUGGGCCCUUGGCAGAAAGCGAGGAUGAGAGGGUGGCAUUCCGGGCCAAGGAACUGAUGGAGGCAUGGUCUAAGCUCGAAAUCGCGUACCGGAUACCGCGCGUGAAGCGUGAUCCGAAUGCCGUUGUGCCAGACCGAAAGAUAGACAGACGGGACGGCGAGAGACGACGGAGUAAGUCUCGGUCGCGGUCAAAGUCACCAGAGCGCAUAGUGGCGCCGACUGGUCCACGAGUAGGUGCAUCUGCUCGGCCCGCCUUCGCACGGCCCCCGCCGAGAUUCCGACCACCGCCGCCUGUGGGCGUGUUACCCUAUGGCUGGUUCGAGGCCACUGCGGCUAACGGAGCCACAUACUACUACACACAAUCAGGUGUUACCACUUGGCAGCGUCCGACUGUACCUGCUAACGCAGCGCCCCCGCCGCCGCCACCAAAAGCGGUCACCGAUCAGAUGGCACUGCAAGAUCUGAUCAAAAAUAUUGUCGCUGCCAAACCAGAGCAAUUGGUCAAGCAGUCCACUACUCCUACCCCGGUCGAGACGCCGAAGAAGAAGGAGCGCAAGCAAGAUAAAUGGCGGGCGUUGCCGGAGGAGAAGCAAAAGAAGCUGUACGAGAACACCCUGCAUCCACAUGUGACCCAUGUGUCAGGCAAGUACAAGAACAAACUCGCAAAAGAGGACGUGAAACGCUGGUCUAAAGAGUUCGCCAAACAAGUGGUGGAGUCGGAUUUCAGGAAAGGGCGGGUGGAAGAUCCAAACAAACUCAGUGACAAGAAGAUCAAGGACGUCAAAAAGCAGUGUCAAAUGUUCUUCGAAAAAGCAUUGAAGAAGAAGGCCGCUUCCGAUCAGAAGCGAGCCGAGAAGAAGGAGCAGAAGAAGGAGAAGAACGCAGACGGAAGCAAGACUCCUGUCGGCUCACCCCCUCCUGCAGUACUGAGUCCCCCUCCAGCAGAUGAUGAUGGUUUGUCAGACCAUGACAUGGACGAUGCCCUCGGCGCAACCCCUUCCGAUGCGACUGCUGCAUCAAAGCGAAGACGAGAUGACCCUACAAGUCUUACCGAGGACGAGGGCCUCGCCAAGAAGCAACGCACGGAGUCUGAUGAGGAAUUCGCUGUUCGCCCGCCACCGCCGCCUCCGCCUGCAAACGACAUAUCUGCUCAAAGCGAGCAAGGCGCACCCCAGAUGUACGACGAGGACGAUGCAAAUGACAUGUCAGGCACCGAUCAGGAACUUGGCUUCUCCAUCAAAGGCGCAGCGCGAUCGCAUAGUCGUCCCGAAUCACGCAACGGAGAGCCAAGGCAGACAGCGACACCCCCGACCACCGGUAGUCCUGAUCAAGACGAGCAAGAAAAGUCGAUCAAUCGAUCCAAUUAUGGUGGCAUGAACCCAGAACGUAUGCGUCAACUAGGGCUACUGGAAGGUGCGAGCGAGUGAUGUCCACUUUCCGUCGUUUACAUUGGCGUUUUGCAAUACUUUCAGCGUACGGGCUGAUAAAUGGGGCUGUAUGGUAUGAGGCAGGCGGAGCACAGCAUUUGGGACAGGAAAAAUGGGCAUGAAUGCUGUAUUAGUACUAAUUCUCGCAUGGCAUGCGCCCACGAGCCUCUAGAUGGCCAGUAUCACACGUGCUUGUAAUGCGCGUUUUUAAUUUUUUUUUCUGGUUACUUUCGAGCGCCGCCUUGCUGUACUUCCAUCGUGCUCAUAGUUGCGCUUGCGCUCAUACCUCCUAUGCUCAGGCAGCGUCGAACAAGUCCUGCCCAGCAUCUCGCCCGAGUGCGCUCGCGCUCCAGUGACUCCAGCCCUUGAUGCGCCAUCUAUCGCCACUGUUACUCAUCCAUCCGCCAACAGCUGCAAGCACCGCACUUCGAUCAUCAGCAGGCGUUCUCAACCAGACCUGUUGGCCUGUGAUGUGAAGCAAAUCGAUGGGGAUGGCCAAGCCGUGCAAGCCAUGCAAUGCCGACAGAGCAGCAGAGAGGUGCAAUUGCGCCGUCACGGGAUCUAAUUCUUCUUUUCCCUCUUGUUGAUUGAUAUUUGAGAUGGAACUUGAAGUGGAAGUGGAAUGCAUGUGUUCGAGGUGGAUAUAUGACCAGUGAGGGUUGCGGAUGGAGAAGUCGG